CUGGGUUCGAUUAUAAUGGCUUGGAUUUGACAUGUUGGCUCGAUGUUGUCGCGAUAACUUCCCAGUCUGGUCUGAAUGCAGAAAUGUAGACUAAUAAUUUUCAGAGCAUCACAGCCGCACAGGGAGAAAACCACCUGAUCGGAUUCAUUUAAUGUGAGUGUCGCCCACCGUGCUGCGCAUGCGUCUGAAGGUGCCAUGAAGGUAAAGGUGAUCUCCAUCCUGGAGGACAACUACAUGUACCUGGUGAUCGAGGAGCAGAGUAAACAGGCGGUGGCCGUGGACCCUGCUGUACCACACCGGCUGCUAGAAAUAGUAAAGAGAGAAGGCUUGUCUCUGACGGCUGUUCUCACGACACACCAUCACUGGGACCAUGCUCGAGGGAACGAGGCUCUGCUGAAGGAGGUUCCUGGGUUGAAGGUGUACGGGGGAGAUGAUCGAAUCGGGGGUCUGACGGAUAAAGUCACCAACGACCAGGAGCUCAAGUUUAGCUCCAUCAAUGUGAGGUGCCUGUUUACUCCGUGCCAUACCUCUGGUCACAUGUGCUACUUUGUUUGGGAGGAUGAGUGCACUGAUGCCCCUGCUGUGUUCACAGGGGAUACGUUGUUCAUCGGUGGGUGCGGGCGGUUUCUGGAGGGUACGGCAGAACAGAUGUACCACAAUCUCACCCAGGUGCUGGGCACCCUACCUCAAGACACGAAGGUGUUCUGUGGACAUGAGUACACCAUUAAGAACCUGAAGUUUGCCAUGCUGGUGGAGCCGGAGAAUGAAAAGGUUAAAGAGAUGCUGAGCUGGGCCAGGGCCAGAGAUGAUGAUGACAAACCCACAGUCCCAUCGACUCUAGUGGAGGAGUUUGAAUACAACCCUUUUCUACGCCUCUCAGAGAAGGGAGUACAAAAGUUCACGGGGAAGACAGACCCUAUAGAGGUGCUGAGGGCCCUGCGGAAGGAGAAGGACAAAUUUAAGAAGCCCAAGGAGAGACUUCCUCCCCACGCUAUGUUGGCUUUGGAGUGGGGGCUUCUCAGACCCUGAAAUCCAGUUUCAGAGCUCUGAACACGUAACAAACUCGACCAUCACAGAGGAGUAAUAUGAAUGACUGAAUGCAGCGAGACACGUGACUGUAGAGUGUUUGUCGCUUUAAUCCUACAUUUAACCGAUUUAUGCCACUACUGAGCCACACAGGCACGUGUGUCGUUUCCUUAAUUAUAAAAUGAUGUCCUCACACAAAGGUCAGUGUAAAGCUGCUUUCAUUAAAUAUUCCUAAAAUUAAUUCAAGGGCUGGUUUCCCAGUCUCUUAUGCACAAAUAAACUGCACCAGGUAGAGUCAGUUUUUGUGUAUUUACUGCUUUAAAGAUCCGCUUUUCAGUCCUUAUGAGUUACUUGUAUUAGAUUGAUUAGUUCCUUUGAUAUACAUUUUAGCCUUCUUUCCUGAUGAUUGUUUUCUGCUGGAUAACUCUAAUUGAUUUUUACUGUAGUUGUUCAUCUUAACUUUAUCAUUUAACCUUUUUUCUUUGAAAUACUGUAUAUAUAUUUACAGCUGCCCUCUCAUUUACUUUUGCAAUUGAAUGCUACACAAUUGAUUUAUCCUAACAUACAAUUUAAGUUAACUUUUAUAUAAUUUAGACUGUUCUGUUAUACACAGAAUUUUGGAGUCUGAUUGUUGCACUCAUUAACUGUACAACAAAGGUGGACAAAACAUGCAGAGUACAUAACUGUGAUGGUAAACUGCUGCUUUUCAUCUCGAGGUCUACAUUCACAAGAUUAUUCAAUAAAGCACAUCAGUCUGAAUCAAUAA